CCGCCAAUACCAGUGUCGCUGCUAAAAGAAAAUAAAGAAUCAUGGAGUCAGAGGGAUCCACGGGGUCCGCGGGGCUGGCGAAAUCCGCCGCCUCGAAACUAUCCGAGAUGGGGGAAAGAACUAAACAGUUAGGCACUGCUAUGCAAGACCCAGACAGACAGAGACGGAUUAUUUUAGUGAUUGUGUGCGUGGCACUUUUGUUAGACAAUAUGCUUUACAUGGUGAUCGUGCCAAUUAUUCCAGAAUACCUGGCGGAUCUGGAAAGUGCGGAGGAACACGCUUACGAAGCUACCCAUGUGAACUCAUCCGGCAAAUUCAAAAGCAACCGAGACAAUUUAGACGUUCAAAUUGGAGUUUUGUUCGCAUCAAAAGCCAUCCUGCAGCUGCUCGUCAACCCCUUGUCCGGAACUUUCAUAGACCGAGUGGGGUAUGACAUUCCACUUUUAAUCGGACUCACGGUCAUGUUUCUAUCCACGGUAAUAUUCGCCUUUGCCGAAAACUACGGGACUCUCUUUAUGGCGCGCAGUCUACAGGGACUUGGCUCUGCCUUCGCCGACACCUCCGGAAUUGCCAUGAUCGCCGACAAGUACACCGAGGAGUCGGAGAGAAGUCGCGCGCUGGGCAUCGCGCUGGCGUUCAUCUCCUUCGGCAGCCUGGUCGCGCCUCCCUUCGGAGGCGUCCUGUACCAGUUCGCCGGCAAACAGGUCCCCUUCAUAGUUCUGGCGUGCGUCUGUCUGGCGGACGGCAUCCUACUUUUGACGGUGAUAAAGCCCUUUUCGAACAGGACUCGGGAAAACAUGCCCGUGGGCACCCCCAUCUACCGGCUGAUGAUUGACCCAUACAUAAUGGUGGUGGCCGGCGCGCUGACCGUGUGCAACAUCCCCCUGGCCUUUCUGGAGCCCACCAUCGCCAACUGGAUGACUAGCACCAUGCACGCCAGCGAGACGGAGAUAGGAAUGACCUGGCUGCCUGCCUUCUUCCCGCACGUCCUCGGGGUGUACAUCACUGUCAAGUUGGCUGCCAAGUACCCUAGCUUGCAGUGGUUCUACGGCGCGCUUGGCAUGGUCAUCAUCGGGGCGAGUUCGUGCGUGGUGCCAGCUUGCAAAACCUUCGGCCAGCUGAUGUUGCCGUUGUGUGGCAUCUGUUUUGGCAUAGCCCUGGUGGACACCGCGCUCCUGCCAACGCUGGCCUUCCUCGUCGACGUGCGCCACGUCUCCGUGUACGGCAGCGUCUACGCCAUCGCCGACAUCUCCUACUCGGUGGCGUACGCGAUGGGCCCCAUAGUGGCCGGCCAAAUAGUGCACAACUUGGGCUUCGUGCAGCUGAACUUGGGUAUGGGGCUGGUGAAUGUGCUUUACGCGCCUAUGCUGCUGCUUCUGCGCUACGUGUGCCAGAUGAAACCCUCCUACUCCGAGAGAGACGGGCUGUUGGAAGAUGGGCCGACGGGACUCUACGACACUUUAAAGAUGGAGGAGAGAAAAUGUAAAAUGAAAGGCUUGAGCACCACCGCGGCAAACUGUCUUCCUAUUGAUGAGAACGGACUGGACGCCUUUAGGGAACACCGCUCCUAUUCCGAAGAGUCUUCAGGGCCCGAGUACCUAUAGUUUAGACUGAAAAUAUGGCUCGCAAGUUUGUUACAUUUCAGAGAUGUUUUGUUUUGAUAUGUUAUUUAUGUAGAAUCAUAUUUUUCUGCUCAUUAUACGUGCAAUAUAUAAUUACCAAAUAAUGAUUGUCUUAUGCGUUUCAAGUAUGGGCUUCUUAGUUGACCAUAAUGCUAUUAUUGCGGCUUAUACAACCACUGGUGAAACGCUUAUUCCUCUAAUUGGUAUUGUGAAAGGUCUAUAUUUGACUGUGUGCACAUGUACUGUAUUGUAAAAAGGUAAAUAGAAAACACAUUAUGUAAAAUAAUAAUAUAUUUAACU